ACCUUUUAUUAUUAUUAUUGUUAGCUAAUUGCUAUGUCGCAAAGUUACAAUUGUUGAUGACGUUAAGUAUUAGCUGUUACAAAAAGUUUUCAAAACAUUAUCAACAGAAAUUGAUUCAUGAUUAGUAAACCUUUCUUACAAUAACAACAAUUAAUUGUUUUACCUGACAUUCAAAUCCAAAUCCAAAUCCAAAUGAUCAUAAAUUACCAAGAAUCUGAUCAAUUGAUUACGAUCACAUUUAAUCCCAAAAUACUAAUCAAAGUGACUAAAAUUAAUCCUAAAUUACAUUGGAAAUUACAAGUAAAAGUCGAAAUUAUUAUAAAAGUAACAAUUUGAUUCCGUUUGAUUUCAGUCUAAUCGAUUGAUGAAAGAAGACCAGAUAAUUGUAAAUUGUUAACAAUUAACUUAAAAUGGAUCUCAAAUUAUUAAUAAUCACUGAUUUCCUUAAACUCAUGAAAGUUGAUUUAUUUUUAUUGUUUUUCUUUUUCGGUUUCAUCAUGCAAAAUGUAACGGUACUUCAACUGAUGGAGGAUAAAAUGUGUCGAAAUCAGCUUGGUCUAGAUGAAGAUUUCUGUCUAAAACUGACCAGUGUCCAUUAUAACGAAAGUGCUACCAAGUUGAUUUUGCGAAAGGCAAAUAUGUUCAAAAAUUAUCAAUUCGCUAUACUCAAUGGUCCAGCUUUGGUUGUGUCCAUUUUUCUUGGGUACUGGUUAGGUAAUUAUCCAAAAUACAUGAAGGCGAUGGUCAUUUUGCCAUUGAUUUCAGCCGUUUGUAUGAAUGCACUUCUGUUAAUCAACUCGUUGGCCUUUUCCGCACGUAAAUUGGUGGUUGAUCUCUUAUCUUAUAUUCCCUUGUCAAUUUCCGGAGGUUUGAGUUUAAUUUUUACUUCUGCUUACACAUAUAUUUCAUGGUCAACACCAAGAAAUUUAGUGAUUGUCCGGUUCGCAAUAGUUGAGUUUGUUGUACAAAUGUCAAUUUUAAUGGCUACGUUUGUAGGAGGGAAAGUAUUAGCAAUGGAUCCUUGGAUAAAGGGGCAGCCUAAAAAUUAUAUUGGUGUUUUCCUUUUGGGUUUAACGGUUCAGCUGAUUGGUACUAUUACUGCUUUUCGCAUGGACUUUGAGUUUACACCCAAGACUGACCCGGAUAAGGAUAAGCUAUCUUUCCGUGGUGUAUUCAAGGAUGUUUUCAAAGUUUCCAGAUUGAAACAACCGGCGACCAUUUUUCUUGCUAAACGUCCUAACAAUGGGAGAUUACGAUUAGCGCUGUUGGCCACUUCAGGAGCAAUCAGUUCAGCGGCAUCUCUCGGUGAAGAUGGUAUCGCUUACCAAUUUGCUCAGCGUGUUUAUGGAUUAUCAGCAGAUCAAUAUGCUUCAAUGUUUUCUCUAGCCAGCAUAGUACCUUCAAUAUCAACUUCUGUUAGUCCAACUUUGUUCAGAACUUUUCUUGGUCUCUCUGAUUCAACCAUGGCGAUUAUCGGUUCAUUGUCACUUUUGUCAUUCUUCCUGGUUAGAGGUGUUUUCUUGACCGUUCCUGGUUACAUCGCUGGCUAUUUACUUGGUUCUUUUAGUCGUCUUGCGACUGCUUCUGUUAGAACAUUGAUCACUUCGGUUGUCGAACCAGCAGAAACGGCCCAAGUUUUUGCUUUAUCAUCUGCACUGGAAAACUACAUCUCACUAGGAUCGAUUCUUUACACUUCCGUUUUCAGUAUUACAAUUGAUCGAGCCCCUGGAACUAUAUUAAUUCUUAUGGCCUGUUUCCAAUUAUAUCCACUUAGCGUUUUCUGUUGGACAUUUUUCACUCGAUCUCAAUGGCAAAAGAAAACGACUGACUCUGAUUACGAAAAUGGCUCAACUGGACCAGCCAUCAUUGAAACUGCCAUGACUCAAGUAACCGAUCCUUAGACUGUUCAAGCUGUUUUCAAACAAUCGCUGAUAAUUAAUUGCUCAAAUCAAAUUCAUCACACAUUGAUUAAGUCAAGACAAGAAUCAAUUUACCGUAAAUACAUUUAAUUUAAAACAAGUACCUUUAAUAUCAUCAAUUGUGUCUGAAUAUUUGAAUCAAUUGAAAAUUCUUCAUCUGGUUGAUUUAGUCAUAUUCCAUGGUGGUAACAAUACACUAAUUGAAUGUCUUUAUUUCGGUAAGAAAAUGUUACUUUUACCGUUAUUUGGAGAUCAGUUUGAUAAUACAGCUCGAAUUGUAGACAGGCGACUUGGUUUAGCGCUUCGUCCCUAUCAAGUUAAACCAGAUGAUCUUCGAAGAGCAAUUGUAACGCUUUUGGAUCCUCUCGAUGUAUUAACUCGGUUUUAGUUUUUUUCUCAUGUUAUUUUAAACAAACAUUAAAUGACCGAUAUUUUUAAUUUAA